UACAAACAGACGAGGAGCAGAACCAGGGAGAAUAUUCCGGAGCCCAUGUGUGUCCGGGACAUCCUGAUCGACACGGCCAAACAUCUGGGAAUCCUCAAGUUUCAGGUUUGGAAGAAGAUGAGAAGCAUCGUCAAGGCUGCUCCGAUCACCUUCGACCCGAACACGGCGCAGUCCAACCUGAGCUUCUCGGAGGAGUUGACCCGAGUGCGUUACGGCGGCAGACUGAGCGUGCCCGAUAACCCCGAGCGCUGCGGGAACCGCGUGUGCGUUCUGGGGACGCCGGGCUUCAGCGCCGGACGCCACGCCUGGACCGUGGAGGUGGGGCGGGGCCGGGACUGGUACGUGGGCGUGGCCCGGGAGUCCGUCCAGAGAAAGAACACAGUGUUCCUGGACCCCGCCGAGGGAUUCUGGGUGAUCGGGCGGACGAACGGAGACUCGUACUGGGCCCAGACGCCGAACCGCACGCCGCUGACGGUGAAGCAGAAGCCCGAGAAGAUCACGGUGGAGCUGGACUACAGCAAAGGCAAAGUGGUGUUCAUCAACACGGCCGACAUGAGCGUCAUGCACACGUUUAAAGACAAGUUCACCGAGAAAGUCUUUCCUUAUUUCUCCCCUGGGCUCUACGAGGAAGGACGAGUCUCCACACCGGUCACCAUCUGCGCCCAGAACAUCAACAUCAGCACCUACUAGAACGUCAACACCUACUAGAACGUCAACACCUACUAGAACGUCAA